AUGGCAUACUCAUCAGCACUCACAACAUAUAUUCAAAAUCCUAAGUUGCGGCUCCUCAACGCGCUGCGCACCAACUCAAGACCCGUAAUGACCUUUCUAGGUCUCCCAUCUGCACGCACAGCCCAGCUGGUUGCCUCUACUGGCCUCGAUGGGAUUAUCAUUGACUGCGAGCACGGGCAUAUUAGUGAUGACGCCAUGCACAAUUCAAUCAUGGCCAUCUCCUCAGCGGGUGUCUCACCUCUUAGGAUGACACACGCCGACCUCAUUAAACGUGCCCUGGACGCUGGAGCUCAUGGUAUUGUCGUUCCCAUGAUAAACACCGUCGACGACGCGCGAGCAGUUGUUGAGAAUGCCAAGUUCCCUCCUCAAGGCUUAAGGGGGCAGGGUUCCCAGUUCCCAGGUUUUGGGCUUGGGGUUGAUAUCCCGACAUAUAUCAAGACUGCCAACGAGACGCUUUUAACUUGUGUGCAAAUUGAGACAAAAUUAGGUGUAGAAAAUGUUGACGCAAUUUGUGCGGUUCCUGGUGUUGAUAUGCUAUUCAUUGGGCCAAAUGAUCUCGCCCUUUCCGUUUUGGGCUACGUACCAGCCAAAGGCGACGAGCCCGAGUUCGUCCAAGCGAUUGAUAAAAUCGUGUCCGCAGCAAGGAAGCAUGGCAAAUGGGUUGGCCGUUUAUCAAAUAACGGCAUUGCAGCAAGGAACCACCUAGAUGUAUUCGAUACUGUAGCUAUGAGUUAUGACGUCCGCGCGAUUGUAAAUUGGUACACAGAUGAGCUCCAGGUGGCACGCUCAUCACAACAAUGA